GGAAUUUCCGGUGCCCGCCGAAGUCAGAAAAAUCAGAAAAAGUCCUGAAAAAUCUGUAAAAGUGAUUAGUAUGGAUUAAAGCUCUACGCAAAAGGUCAGUGCUCCAAAUGCAGGAUGGCUAGUUUGGGAAAAAGUGACAACGCUAAAACUCGAAGUCUAAGGGAUAUUUGUUUAGAAAAUAUUGGAAGCUCAAGUAUUGAAUACUACGAUGAAGAUUAUCUUGAGCAUGUUCCUCUGCAGUGUCUAGAAGGCUUGGUAAAAUAUUUAUCUCCAGUACAUAUGGAGCGUUUUGGAUCCUUUUUUGAAAAAAAGUGUGACGUGGAUUCAAAUUCGAAUGACUAUUGGUUCAAAGCAGUAUGCAGGCUUCAGCGUGAGUUCUCUGUGAACUACAUCAGCUUGGAUCGUUCCGCAGAAUUUGAGUAUGAGAAAAAACGCGAAUGUUAUAAGGAUAUGUAUUUCCAGCUAUUGUACAAUCAAUUUAUGUAUCACAUUACUUGCGAAAGGAAUCAGAAAAGAAAUAAAAAUGAAUCAAUGUUGUCACUUAUGAGAAAAGUAGCAACAGAAACGCGUUAUGCCAAGUACAUCAAAAAAUUGCAUAUUAACCCAAAACAAUGCAAAUACAUAUGUUCAAACGCUUGGCUGUUAAAUAAUGUCUGCAGCACAGUGAGUGAAAUAACAUUAUCGCAUGUGAGCAAUGAGGAUUUUGAGCAGAGGAGAGUACUAUGGGACACAUCCACUUAAGCAAGAGCGCUUGCAACAUGUGACACCAGAAAAUAGAAGUGAGAUUUACAGACACUAUGACCAUUCCACUGAACUCACAGAUCGUAACAAAGAAGACAUUUAUGAUUGUGUAUUUGAAUCUACAAGACCCCAGUAUAAAUCUAAUGAAUCUAGCGCUAAAAACUUUUGGGAUUCUAAUCCUAUACAAGUUCACACAUGUGAUGGAAUUGACAAGCUUACUAUUGGAGAAACAGUGGCACGGCCCUCUCCCAUUCUUCAUUCAGAAGUUUCCAAAAUUGGCUUUCUCAGCACGUUUCAUGCCCUAGUGAAAAGAGAUGAUCAUGCCUCUCAUAAUUCUGAGUUUUUCCGAACACUACAUCAUAUUUGUCCUAAGUUGAUGAACCUGCGUCAUCUGACGAUAAGGGAUUUCCUUGUGAAUGAUUCUUUUAAUGAUGUUUGUGAUGUCAUCAAUGACGCCAUUACCCGUACAAGGGUAACAAGUCUAGAUACACUCCUUCAAUUACCAAUUUCAAUGAUCUUGCAGAAAUACAGUGAUCCAUCGCUUGGUGAAAAUGUAUCCCUUCCUGUGAAUGCUAGACUGGCAAGCCAGAAACCAACACUUCUGACUCAUCUUUGUGUCAAGCUUAACCUCAAUGGUGUCAUACCAACUGUAUUAUACACAAUAGAUUCCAAAGGAGACAUCACAGUGGAUACAUACAAUCUCAAAUCUCUAAGUACAUACGCUUACAUAGACAUUGGUGCAUAUGGACGCUCCAAAUGCACUAAUUUCAAGGUUGUAUGUGCAUUGAUUAAACAUUCUUCAAACUUAAAAAUAUUGUCGUUGUCAGGCUGCCGAUGGAUCGAAAUCAUGGAAUUAACCAGUUUAAUUAACCAUACGACUCUUCCAAACUUAACUGCUUUAACAUUAGAUUCUUUUGAUCUAAAGUGGGUUCAUGUCUUGAGGAUAGUGGAGUAUAACCCCUCAUUAGAAUCUCUCACACUCAGGGACUGCUCUUUGAGCAGAUUUGCGCAAAAUGAAUUUGAAGAUUUAUCAGAAAAAAUUGGAGAGCAUGCGAAUCUGGGUUAUUUGGAUAUCUCCAACAAUCCUCUGGGAGGUUCAGUACUCAAGCUCUUCCUUGCGAUAAUUGAAUUCCGAAUUGCGAACCAUGCUGCCUUUUUUAAAUUUGUCAAAUUCUCUCACAAUGGGAUCAAUACUGAAGAUGCGUGGACUCUUGCAAAAGGAAUGAAAAAAAUGAGCGACAAGCUGCAUGGAAAACGUCUUAUGGAAUAUCUGAAUCUUAAUCAGAACUUGGUGAAGCAUGCAGAAAUUGACAAAUUGAUUGAAGAGUUUGGUAACAGUGUUGGGUUCCUUGAUAUCAGAACCCAGAUAAAGGGUGCGAUGGCUGAGUUUGUUGCUCAAAUGUGA